UUAGGGUUCGUCAAUCUUCUCGUCUGCAAUUAAUCUUCCCACUACUUUUCUUUCCUGUGAUAACACGAGUUAAGCCAAGUCAUUGACUAAGCAGCAGCGGCGACUUGGGCAGGUACAGGUCUGACCCACCUUGGCAUUUCUGCUACCUCUCUGAGAAUUUGAUCUGCUGAGAACAGAGAUUUAAGUCUUGAUUUAGUGCACCUCCAGAGAGACCAAAAUGGAUAAGCAGCCUGCAGAUCAGAGCCCACCUGUCAAAGAAAUGCAGUCUCUCUCUGUUGAGUCUCAGGUCCAACCAUCGUCUUCAUCUGCCAGCAAUCAGACAAGUGAAGAGGAGAGGAGGUUUCAGAUUGUGAGGAGCAUUGGAGAGGAGUGUAUCCAGGAGGAUGAGUUAAGGAAUCUUCUUGCGAAGAAGCCUGAACCCAUUUGUUAUGAUGGGUUUGAACCAUCAGGGAGGAUGCAUAUUGCUCAGGGAGUGGUGAAGGCUAUAAAUGUCAACAAAUUGACCUCUUGUGGUUGUAGAGUGAAAAUCUGGAUUGCAGAUUGGUUUGCACAGUUAAAUAACAAAAUGGGAGGUGAUUUGAAGAAAAUACAAACAGUUGGGCAUUAUUUGAUUGAGAUAUGGAAAGCUGUUGGAAUGAAUAGCAUAGGAGAUAAAGUAGAAUUUUUGUGGUCCUCAGAAGAAAUUAAUUCAAGGGCACAUGAAUACUGGCCUCUUGUAAUGGAUAUAGCUCGCAGGAACAAGCUUCCUCGAGUAAUGAGAUGUGUGCAGAUUAUGGGUCGUAGUGAAACUGAUGAGUUGACAGCUGCCCAGAUUCUCUAUCCCUGCAUGCAAUGUGCGGAUAUAUUUUUCUUGAAGGCUGACAUUUGCCAGCUGGGCAUGGACCAACGCAAGGUAAAUGUUCUUGCAAGGGAAUAUUGUGAUGAUAUCAAGAGGAAAAAUAAGCCCAUCAUCCUGUCUCACCAUAUGCUUCCUGGUCUACAGCAAGGGCAAGAGAAGAUGUCAAAAAGUGAUCCUUCAUCUUCAAUAUACAUGGAGGAUGAGGAGGCAGAAGUAAAUGUGAAGAUCAAGAAGGCAUUCUGCCCUCCACAAAUUGUGGAAGGGAAUCCAUGCCUCGAGUACAUCAAAUAUAUUAUUUUCCCAUGGUUUAAUGAGUUCAAGGUGGAACGUGCUGCAAGCAAUGGUGGUGAUAAAACAUACAACAGCUUUGAAGAACUGGUUUCUGACUACGAGGGUGGGGAGUUACAUCCUGGUGACCUGAAACCAUCUUUGGCAAAAGCAUUAAAUAAGAUACUGCAACCUGUACGUGAUCAUUUCACCAAUGACCCUACUGCUAAGGAUCUGCUGAAACGGGUUAAGAGUUACAGAGUCACCCGAUGAUGUGGAAGGCGAUUUGUCCGUACUUGUUGGAAGCUGAGGAUUAUUGGAAUUAAAUUCUCAAUUUAGUUACCACUCAUAUUUAACUGCGGCUUUUUUCUUACAGUGAUACAUUUAUGUAUACAUCAAUAUCUAGAGGUGUACUUGUAUGGAUUUACAAGCCUUUUCUAUGAAUAUUAAGUUGGGUAAUCUUCGAAUCGAAGAGAAACUGUGAAGAGAUGUUCUAUUUUCAGUCUCAAGUUGACUGAUCAGAUCACUCUCCUCUUUUAUCAA